ACCACCUCGACCUCACGACCAAUCUCACGAUCACCACCGUCGCAAUGUCUACCGCCGAGCUCGCCUCCUCCUACGCCGCUCUCAUCCUCGCCGAUGACGGUGUCGACAUCACUGCCGACAAGCUCCAAUCUCUCAUCAAGGCCGCAAAGAUCGAGGACAUCGAGCCCAUCUGGACUUCCCUUUUCGCCAAGGCUCUUGAGGGCAAGGAUGUCAAGGACCUGCUCCUGAACGUUGGCUCAGGCGGCGGCGCUGCUGCCCCUGCUGCCGGCGGUGCUCCCGCUGCUGGCGGUGCCGCCGAGGCUGCUCCCGCGGCUGAGGAGAAGAAGGAAGAGGAGAAGGAGGAGUCCGACGAGGACAUGGGCUUCGGUCUCUUCGACUAAGCGUCUUCUUUCCCUUUCUUGCUUCGACAUUUGCCUUUAUCGGGGUUGCACAACGGAUUCAUCAGCGGGUAUAUUCCCAUUGCUGGGGUGGACAUAGUCACGACCUCUCCGUGACCACGGUUUUGCACACGGGCCCUCCCCGAAAGAAACAAAGACGGCGUCAUGAGAUAUGUUAGGUCGGCAGGUCAAUGAAUACUUCGAAAAGCGCAAUGUCGGGAGUCUCGUCGUGAUACCCUAGGUGAUGACACUGGGCGAAGAAAUGCCUUGUCUUCAGAGGCUUCUCCAGUCGUCCGUACUUUUGCUAUUGCAGUAGUGAAGUCAAGUUACCUUUGCCAACCCCACCCGGUCGCUGUUAUUAGUCACAGUAGCGUGAAGUGCUUUCUGAUUUACAUGCAAUACCGGGACUCCACUGUUAUCCACAUAGUCCUUGGCAUGGUCACGCCAGUCACACGUGUGGUAGCCUUCACGCGCG